AUGAAGCGUGUCGGUGUGCGCAACCAAGAGGUAACAGACGCACAAGGACGUCGACGUUUCCAUGGAGCUUUUACUGGUGGUUUCUCUGCUGGAUAUUACAAUUCUGUAGGUAGUGAAGAAGGAUGGACACCUCAAACGUUUUCAUCUUCUCACGAUCCGCUGCUGGGUAAACGACUUGAGACAUCGGAACGCUACGAUACGUUGCAAUUGGCUUCAAAAAAUCGACUUAAACAGCAACAACAACCAGAAAGAGCUCAAGUUGCAGCUAUUCCAGGGUUUAUACUACCUGAUGACUGGGUUUUGUCGGUUAAUGACUCGAUUGGAGUUAAUCUCUUGAAGCAAAUGGGCUGGAAAGAAGGAUACGGUAUUGGAAAACGUAUAAGGAGAUACAAGUUUCAAGAAGAAGAAAAAGAGAGGGGUGGAAAUGUGAUGCAAGAUGCUGAUGCAGAUAAAACGCACAUGCAGCUACAAGAGAAAGCUGAAGAGGAGAUCUAUGUGCCCUCUAGAAAGGUAUUUGACGUGCAGAAAUUCUUUCCUAAGCCAAAGUUGGACCGGCAUGGAGCUGGUUUUGACCCGUAUACAGAUGCGCCUGAGUUCUCAGUGUACAAACAGCAGCAACAGGAGAAGGAGGAAGAAGGGUCUUACCGCCAAGGAGUGUCGUUUGUAGACGCGUUGAAUUCUUCGAACGGCAGUAAUCGUGUGACAAGUGGGUAUGGCUUAAGUGCACUGGAAGAAAAUGAUGACGUGGAUGUAUACGGAACCGUGUCAAUAGCUGAGUAUGAUCGAGUGAUUGCUCCUCUUGGAGCUAAAAGUAAUGUUCAGCGAAUUACUUCGUCAGCACAAUCAUUUCAUCGGCAUGAGAAGACAAGACGCAGCAAAGCGUUGUGCUCAGACGGAAUAUCUGUGCUUUCUGGCUUUGAAUUGGCGGUUUCCAAAGAGAAACCACCAAAGGUGAUUAAGAUGCGUCUCGCUGUCCCUUCCGGAUAUACUGCAUAUCACCGCUUUGAUGAGGAUGAAGACCACGGUGAUGCUGUAACAGCCUUAUAUCGCAAGUUUAAUUUCUCGACUGAUGCGACUAGCAACGGAACAUUUGUAACAGCGAAGCAGAGAAGUGUUCUGCUCGAAGGUAACAGAAGAAAUGAUCAAAGCGACGCCGAUAAUGUUAGGACAGGUGCUGAUGACGUUGCGAAGCCCGUUGGAAGUGUAUUCGAUUUGCUUGGUGAAAGUCAGAAAGCAAAACUUUUUGAUGCUGUAAAGCAAGCGAAACAAAGGCCUCCAGUGUCGCGCUUAAUGCCUACUGCUUCUGUUGACGAGCCGGCUUCACCGAAAGGCCGGCAGCCAUUAAUAUGUGGCAAUAAUGGCGACCAGUUUCGAGCUACUAUCUCUGCAUCCAUUGCAAAGCGAUUCGUGUCUUCGAAGUCCUCGAAUAAGGAGGGUAGAACCGACUCUUCUCCAAAUGAUGUCCCACAAGCUAAGGUGUCACGCCGAUCUCAAAGUUUGUGGAUUCCCAAAUCAAUAUUGUGCAAACGCUUUCAUGUGAAGUGUACGGGGCCAGUUGGAUCUAACGGAAAAGAUGACAAAGACGACAAGAAGCGUGAUUUGUUUGAUGAGGAACUAGUUCCACAUUUGAUGGAAUAUGCCGCUGACCGCGCAGCUCACAAACAGUUAGAGGCCGAUAUGAAUAAGACCUCCAAAUACAGUGAAGUUGUUGAGGUCGAAAGAGCAGAAAAUAGAGAUCUGCCAGUAUUGCCUGCAGCUCGAAAGAGUUGUGCUAGUCUACUCAAAUCUAUUUUUGAGCCUUCGGACGAGUCGGAUUUGAGCAGAGACAGCAGCGAAGUUGAAAGUGACGAUAACGAUAAUGACGGAAAACGAGAAGAAGCGCUUGGCGAGAGUAAACAGGAGUCUCCGUCUAAGCUGACAUUUGGAGCGCAUGUCGCGUUGUGUAGCGGUGGAGACGCUGGAGAGUCAUUGCUUGUCGCUGCUGAGGGAUACCGAGACAUGUCGAGUUCAUCAGACGAUGAGGCGACCAUUUCUACAGCCUCUGCUGCAUCUGGACGUGUCAGAGAACAAGUGAAUCGACACAGGAAGCGGUCUCACAGUGUUGACACUGGCGAUGAUCGGGAUGCCAAAAGAAAACCAAAAGAAGAGAAGCGGAAACACAAAAAGCAUAAGAAACAUCACAAGCACCGCUCGUCAAGCGAUAGGAAGGACAAGAAGGAGAAAAAAGAACGAAAGUCGCAUGAAUCCCGCUCGUCAAGGCACUCCAGGCGAAGUUAA